AUGUCCUUCCAAGUCCAGGAAACCACAACAAAGGCUGCUGCUUCCAAUGCCUCACACCCAACUCAAUCCUAUGACCUCGUCGUCGUAGGGUUUGGUAGCACAGCACUCUCCCUCGCAACCUCACUGGCAGACUCUGAAACUCCACUCAAAGUCCUCUUCCUGGAGUCCAAGGCUGCCUUUGACUGGGCACCUGCAUCAGUAUUGCCAGAAAAUGCCACCCGCACGAGUUUCCUGCGUGACUUGAUCACUACACGCAACCCUCGCAGCGAGUUUACAUUUGUCAACUAUCUUUUCGAGAGUGGGCAGUUGGUGCAGUUUGUCAAUUCUUCACAUAUGGCUCCUACGCGAUUGGUCAUGGGCAAUUAUCUGACUUGGGUUGCGGCAAAGAUGGAGGAGAUGGAGUGGGUGAGGUAUUCGAGCACUGUCACCAGAGUUGUUCCUGUCAAGAUUGGAGCUUCGCAGAUCAGUGGCUGGAAGAUUGGUGUUUGUGAUGCUCAGGGAACCACCAGCACUAUUGCUUGCAAGCGUGUUGUUUUGGCUACUGGCUCCAAGCCUAGGAUCCCUGAUGCUUUGACGGGAGCAAAGGGCAAGGUGCUUCAUACUUCUGAAGUUGGACCUCUGCUGCACAACCUCAAGGACCAGGAUAUUGCUAUCGUGGGAGCAGACCAAGAGGCCGCUGAGAUCUUUGAGCACUUGCAGAGUGCAGGAGCUUUGCACCGCGUGCGAGCAACAAUGUUCAUCACAGACUCUGCUCUACGACCAGAGGACAAUACUUCNCUUGUAAGCCUACCCCCUAUCCUUUCCCUUCACACCCAAAGGUUACUAACACUAGCCAAACUUAGCACCCAAGACAUCAUCGACGACAUCCUCCCCGGCGCAACAACCUCCCAAUACCCACCCGAACUACGCCCCCGCCUACUCCCCCCCUCCUCUUCCUCCUCCCAAACCUCCAAAAUUUCCCUUCGCACAAUCGAAACACUUUACGAAAACCUCUACGCACAACGCAUCUCAACUCCCAAACCAAGCGACUGGCGCUUCACCAUCGCACCUUUGUCCCUCGUAACUUCCGUCAUCCCGUCUGGCAACAAACUCCGCCUCUGUCUCCAAAACACACGUACGAAUGCCACCAGCACCAGCCCGGGCGCUUUCGAUAUCGUGAUUGCGGCAGGUGGAUACGAGCAUUCGAUUUCUCUACUGCAAGAUAUUGAAGCCGCUGGUGUGCUGCAAGACAAAAAGGCGGCAGUGGAUGCAGAAUACAAACUCUCGUUCCGUAGGAAUGCCGUGGCCAAGGAUACCGGUAUCUGGGUCAUGGGGUCAUUGGACCAAGGGUUGAGGGAUGAGGAUAUGGGGUAUGCCGUGGAGAGAAGCGGUCGUUUGUUGGCUUCUGUGCUUGAUAGUGUGGCUGGUAGUGAAGAGGCCAGGGGCGAGGUUGCCAUGUUGUAA